AUGCGAAUAAUACUGUUAGUAACCUUUAUUGCAUUUUGUUAUGCUAAAGUAUUAGAUGCAGAGACAUUAGUAAAACUUCAAAAGUUAUCACUUGGAUGUCAUCUAAAUGGAGUAGUAUAUUAUACAUCAAGCCAAUGGUUUGAAGAAGAAAAUAAAACAAAGCACUCAUUAAAGAAAUUAACAUUAACGGAAACUGAGCCAAUUGAUUUAGUUCCAUAUAGUGAAGAAUCAUUUUCUAAUUUUGUAUGCCUUAAUGAAGGUGUUUAUUUACUUCACAAUGGACAAAUUGCAAAAAUAGAGAAUGAUAAAAUUAUAGACAUUACUUCUACACCUAUUUCUAUUGACACAUUUAAAAUGAUUUCUGUUGAUGGUAAAUUAAGAGGACUUGCAUCAAUGACUGUUUUCCCAGAAAUGACUCUUGAAGAAUCAGCAAAGAAAUUUAUUGAAUUAGAAAAACAAAAUUAUAGAGUAUAUGAUCAAUUAAUGAUAAGAAGAUGGGAUACUUAUUGGGAUGGACAAUUCCAACAUUUAUUUACUUUUAAACAAGAAGAAGAUAAAUCAUUUACAUUUAAAGAUAUAAUGAAUGAUAAAAAAUAUGAUUGUCCUGCACGUCCAUUUGGAGGAAAUGAAGAAUAUGAUAUUAGUCCAGAUGGAACAAAAAUUGCAUUUUCUAUUUUAUUAGAGAAUCCAGCAUCAUCAUUAGAUAAUAAUGUUUAUUAUGCAACAUUUGAUAAUCCAUUAGAAUGGAAUAUUAUUACAAUAGAUAAUAAAGGAUAUGAUAAUCAACCAUUAUUUAAUAAUGAUGGAAGUCUUUUAUAUUAUCUUUCAAUGUCAGCACCUAAAGAUGAAAGUGAUAAAUCAGUAUUAAAAUCAUAUGAUUUUAAAGAAAAAAUAAUUAGAGAUAUUACUGGUAAGAUUGAUUUAUCAUUUAGUGCACCAAUGAAAAUUGUUGGUAAUUAUAUGCAUCUUUCUACUCAAAUUGAAGGAAAUGUAUAUAUUGUAGGAUUAGAUACAUCUAAAAGUGAAUUAACUCGUGAAGAUGUUAAUAUUAUUACACAAAAAGGUACUGCUGGAUCAUUUGUUUUUACAACAACAGGAAUAAUUUAUGAAUAUAAUUCAUUUACUCUUCCACAAGAAUUAUUCAUUUUUGAAAAUAAAGUCAUUAAACAAAUUACUCAUAUUAAUCAAGAAGUUCUUUCAACAAUUAAAUUUGGAGAAUAUAAAGAAGUUCAUUAUACUGGAGCAAAUAAUGAUCAAAUUCAUGCAUUUAUUACUUAUCCACCAAAUAUGAAAACAAAUACAAAAUAUCCAGUAAUUUUAUAUACACAUGGAGGACCAGAAUCACCAUGGACUAAUAAUUUCCAUUAUAGAUGGAAUCCACAAGUUAUAGCAGCACAAGGUUAUAUUGUUUUUGCACCAAAUUUCCAUGGAUCAGGAAGUUAUGGAGAUGAAUUUUUAAAAGCUAUUAGAAAGAAUUGGGGAGGAUGGCCAUUUGAAGAUUUAAUGAAAGGAAUGGAUUAUUUAAAAACUAAUGAACCAAUAGUUGAUAUAGAUAAUGCAUGUGCUAUGGGAGCAAGUUAUGGAGGAUAUAUGAUGAAUUGGAUUAAUAGUCAAAAUACAGGUAGAUUUAAAUGUAUUAUUUGUCAUGAUGGUAUUAUGGAUUCUGAAGGUAGUUAUUAUUAUAUGGAUGAAAUGUAUUUCCUUGAAACAGAAUUUGGAUAUCCAAUGUAUGAAGAUAAUACAUAUUAUAAAAAAUAUAGUCCAUUAAAUUAUGUUAAUGGAUAUAAUACUCCUCAAUUAACUAUUCAUGGAGGUUCAGAUUAUAGAAUUGAUGUUGUUGCAGGAUAUCAACAAUUUGUUACAUUACAAAGAAAAAAUAUUGAAAGUAAAUUAGUUAUUUAUCCUGAAGAAAAUCAUUGGGUAUUAAGACCAUAUAAUUCUAUUGAUUGGCAUACUCAAGUCUUUAAUUGGCUUGCCAAAUAUCUUCCAAAGAAAUAA